AUGGUGAUUGCUCAGAAGACGAAGGAGGCGGAGAUCACCGAGCAGGAUUCGCUGCUUCUAACAAGGAAUUUGCUCCGAAUUGCCAUAUACAACAUCAGCUACAUCAGAGGCCUAUUCCAUGAGAAGUACUUCAGUGAUAAGUCGGUUCCAGCACUAGAGAUGAAGAUUAAGAAGCUGAUGCCAAUGGAUGCUGAGUCAAGGAGACUGAUUGAUUGGAUGGAGAAAGGUGUCUAUGAUGCUUUGCAAAAGAAAUAUCUCAAGACCCUCCUCUUUUGUAUCUGUGAGAAGGAGGAAGGCCCGAUGAUUGAGGAGUAUGCCUUCUCAUUUAGCUACCCCAACACCAGUACCGAGGAAGUUGCGAUGAACAUGAGCCGUACAGGGAGCAAAAAGGGUAGUACUACAUUCACUUCAAAUGCUUCAGAAGUAACUCCUGAUCAGAUGAGGAGCUCUGCUUGUAAGAUGAUCAGAACGCUGGUUUCACUUAUGAGGACCUUGGACCCAAUGCCAGAGGAGCGAACCAUUCUAAUGAAGCUGCUGUACUAUGAUGAUGCCACACCUGAGGAUUAUGAGCCUCCUUUCUUCAAGUGUUGUGCUGAUAAUGAGGCCAUAAAUAUAUGGAACAAGAACCCCUUGAAGAUGGAAGUGGGCAAUGUCAAUAGCAAGCACCUUGUGUUAGCUUUGAAGGUCAAGAGUGUCCUUGAUCCAUGCGAUGAUGACAAUGUUAACAGCGGAGAUGAUGGAAUGACUGUGGAUAAUGAGUCUGAUCAUGAUGAUGACUUUUCUGACACUGAGGUUCAUCCAUCAAAGGCGGAUCAUUACGUCAUAGCUCCUAAUGAUGGAAAAAGCAAAGGUCAGGGCACUGGUACUAUUUCAGAAGAUGAUACUCAAGAUGCUGCUCAUGAGGAAGAGCUAACUUCCCAAGUAAAGGACUGGAUAUGCUCAAGAGACAACGGAGCAAUUAAUGUUUCAGAUGUCCUUUCUAACUUCCCUGACAUAGCAACGCUAAUGAUUGAUUUUUCAGAUAUUAUGGAGAGGCUACUUAAAGAUGGUGUACUAUCCAGGGCAAGCAAAGAUGGUUAUACUGUUAACCAGAAGACUGAUCCAAAAACACCGCAUAUAAAGAAGGAGACCAUCAUGGCAGAUGUACCACCAACUGAAGUAACCAAACACAACAAUGGGGAUCUGCUAUAUAUGAAGGCAUUAUAUCAUGCACUUCCCAUGGAUUAUGUGACAAUAGCCAAACUUCAAGGAAAGCUAGAUGGGGAAGCCAGCCAGAAUAUAGUCCGAAAGUUGAUUGACAAGAUGGUGCAAGAUGGAUAUGUAAAGAAUUCAGCUAACCGAAGACUGGGCAAAGCUGUCAUUCAUUCUGAAUCAACUAACAGAAGGCUCCUUGAGAUAAAAAAGAUACUGCAAGCCAAUGAAGGCGAACAGAUGGCCAUUGACACCAAUACAGAGCAUGCUGAGCCUGAGCACAAAGACCUUCUGAGAGACCAUGAAGUGAGAGAUGGCUCCACGAUGGGUUGCUUCCACUCAGUUGGAUCUGAUCUUACUCGUACUCGGGAGCUACCAGAGCUGCAGCAGAAUGUGUCCAUGCAGAGCGGGCAAGAAGCUUCUGCAGUGGGUAAGGAUCCAAGCAGGACUCCCACAAGUGUGCGUGAGCCGGCUGUACCUGUUUGUUCCCUGGAGAGUGGAGUGCUUGGAAAGAGAAUCAAAAGGUCUCUAACUGGUGGAAGUGAGAUGCAGUCUACCCAGGACAAGCGAUCCAGGAAGGCUAGCAUGGUGAAGGAACCGAUACUCCAACAUGUCAAGUGCCAAAACCCUCAGGUUCAGUGA